AUGGAGAGUAGGCAAGUUCACCGCUGUGCCAUACAGGCUCUGGAGUCGCCUCUAGAGUCAUCCUUCCACUCACAGGUACCUUCCCCAAGCAUUUGUGUCGAGAAAAUUGCAACUAGUGAGUGGAAUGCUCUCCCAAUGAUACCAGUAUUCUUAUCGGCACAGGAGCACGGCUCUAGGCACAGUGGCUUGCACCAAUUCAAGGAACUAGCGGUUCUGGCCGCCAUCGUCGUAGCCCUUUCAAACCAGGAAAGGACGGAAGCACGGACGGCCCCGAACCGUCUUGCUCUAGAUGGAUCUCGAUCAUUCAACGCGCAGUCCAUGAUUGAAGCCCAAUGGGGAACAUCUUAUAGCUAUGUGCACGGGAUGCGGACUGUUGACGGUGAUCUCGUUUUUAUAUUUGAAAGUUUGUCGGACGAGGCCAAGCCUUAUGCCGUUCAGGUUGGACCCCAAAACGAAUGCGCUGGUAUGGGCAUUCUUGUGGACAUGCGGAAGUCGGAGGUGUCUGACAAGUUUUCCAGUAUUUCCAGUGCAGAUGAUUGCCAGGAACUGUGCGCACAGACAAGGAAUUGCGUCGGUGCCACUUAUGAUGAGUCCGCGUCAACCUGCAGUCUGAUGAAAAGCUUGCGGUGGCUCUCGGAAGGCCUGUCGACACUGGUUGUGCCGUCUUGCGACUCGGGGUGCUUUCAGGAAGGCAAGAAGUUCGAUAAUGAUGGAACUUCGCUGGGGUUUGCCCCCAAUCCGAAUAUCUGCCAGGCGAUGUGUGAGGGAGAGUCGGAGUGCCGCGCCUUCACAUGGAAGCGGACGGAUAAACAAUGUUUCUCUCAUAGGAUUGCUGGGAAUACGGUAGCCGACGCUGACGCAGUAAAUGGGCUCAGGGGAAGCUGCUCAGUGAGCAAAAAAACAGCUAACUAUGCACAGUCUUGCCUAGUCGAAAAUGUUUCCGCCACUGGUGACGAUUAUCGAAUGCAGCGAGGCGUUGGUACUGUACAAGCCUGCAAUGAAAUCUGUCUCUCGGAGAGCAGGUGCAACUGGUUCACCUACAAUCAAAAAGAUCAAAUAUGCUUCCUCAAAAAUGUUCGAGGAUCAAGUUUGAAGUUUUUUAAGUCUGGAGACUUAACUGGGCCUAAGUACUGUGACACGAGCUGCUUCCUAAAAGACAUUGAGUACAUGAUUGAUAGAGUUGCCACAUUGACUGUAGAAGACGCUUCUCGUUGUCGCUACGAGUGUUCAGUGCACUCGCAGUGCCAGAGGUGGACCUUUCACAUGAGUGUUCGGGGAUGCUAUCUCUUUGGAGAGGUAAAAACUGCUGUGGGUAAACGUACACCAGGCUUUUGGAGUGGUUUUAAGGGUGGCUGUGGAGCCGAGCCGCUCUAUGCCUUGAAUGCUCCAAGUUGUGUACAGAGGGGAGUCAAAUACAACUCAGCGCUGCUUGAAGUUUUGCCCGCAGAGACUGCCACGUUAUGCCAACAGAAGUGCCAAGCCAACUCCAGUUGUGAGACAUUUGCAUACAAUACGUCGACGAAGAAUGCUUGCGAGUUUCACGGACCGACCUCCGAUUCUCAGAAAAGUUACAACCCCUAUUUCAUGGCAGGGCCAAAAAGAUGUUAG